CAUUCGUUGGGUUCUCUAUUAGUUCGUCAGUUAAGAGUGAGGGAAGCAAAGGCACAAAGCUCCAGCGUAUUCACUCGUCGGUUUCGGUUCUUUGAAUGAGCUCAGCGAAGAUGCAAAGCAUAGGCGUUUCCCACCGCUUGGUCCCGUCGAGCUACCGCCGGUCUCCGGUGCCGGUCAUCGGCAUUGCCAGUGGAAGAAGCUCAAGCUCGUCGGUUGGGUUCGCCCGCACAGUGAAAUGCUGCUCUCUGACAAGCUCCUCCUCGUCUUUAGUUGAUAAUGGGACCCAAUUUGCCGAAGCUUCUAGAAGAUCAAAUCUUGUUCCGCUUUACCGGACCAUAUUCUCCGACCAGCUUACUCCGGUUCUAGCUUAUCGGUGCUUAGUUAAAGAAGACGACCGAGAUGCUCCGAGCUUUCUUUUUGAGUCGGUGGAACCCCAUCCUAUUGUUUCGAGCGUUGGGCGUUAUAGUGUAGUUGGAGCUCAGCCAACGAUGGAAAUUGUGGCAAAAGAACAUAAGGUCACAACAAUGGACCAUGAAGAAGGGCGUUUAACUGAGGAGGUUGUUGAAGAUCCAAUGGAGAUUCCUAGAAGAAUCUCAGAGGAUUGGAAACCUCAACUUAUUGAUGAACUUCCGAAUACAUUUUGUGGUGGCUGGGUAGGUUAUUUCUCAUAUGAUACACUUCGCUAUGUGGAGAAGAAAAAGUUGCCAUUCUCUAAGGCACCAAAGGAUGAUAGAAACCUUCCUGACAUACAUCUUGGCCUCUAUGAUGACGUGAUUGUUUUUGAUCAUGUGGAGAAGAAAGCAUAUGUGAUUCACUGGGUGAGGUUAGAUCGGUACUCCUCUAUUGAGAAUGCUUAUAAAGACGGAGUGAAACGCUUGGAAGUAUUAGUAUCCAGAGUUCAAAAUAUUGAACCCCCAAAGCUUGCUCCGGGUUCUGUGAAAUUAGAUACUCGCCAUUUUGGUCCUUCAUUAAAGAAGUCAACCAUGACCAGUGAAGAAUACAAGAAUGCCGUACUACAGGCCAAAGAACAUAUUAUGGCAGGAGAUAUCUUCCAGGUCGUAUUAAGUCAACGUUUUGAACGCCGAACAUUUGCUGACCCAUUUGAAGUUUAUAGAGCAUUGAGAAUUGUGAACCCAAGUCCAUAUAUGACUUACUUGCAAGCUAGAGGAUGUAUUCUGGUUGCUUCCAGUCCGGAAAUUCUUACGCGUGCAAGGAAGAAUAAGAUUACCAAUCGACCAUUGGCUGGCACUGUGAGAAGAGGGAAGACAAGGCAAGAAGAUCAGAUGUUGGAAGCUCAGCUGCUAAGUGAUGAAAAGCAAUGUGCAGAACAUGUCAUGCUCGUUGAUUUGGGUCGAAAUGAUGUUGGGAAGGUCUCAAAAUAUGGUUCUGUGAAGGUGGAAAAGCUUAUGAAUGUGGAACGGUAUUCCCAUGUGAUGCACAUAAGUUCCACGGUUACCGGAGAGUUGCAAGAUCAUCUCACUUGCUGGGAUGCCCUGCGUGCUGCGUUGCCUGUCGGAACUGUUAGUGGAGCACCUAAGGUCAGGGCCAUGGAAAUAAUCGAUGAUUUGGAAGUAACUCGGCGAGGGCCAUACAGCGGCGGAUUCGGAAGCGUCUCUUUUUCUGGAGACAUGGACAUUGCAUUAGCUCUCAGGACAAUUGUGUUCCCCACAGGAACCCGAUAUGACACCAUGUAUUCAUACAAGGAUGCAACCAAGCGCCAGGAAUGGGUUGCUAACCUUCAAACUGGUGCUGGUAUUGUGGCUGACAGCAACCCUGAUGACGAGCAACAGGAAUGUCAGAACAAGGCUGCCGGUCUCGCCCGCGCCAUUGACUUGGCCGAAUCGGCUUUUGUUGACAAAUGAUGUCGGGCUUUACCAACGGAUGAAAUGGAAGUUAAAUGGUGACCCAAGAAUAAGAAAUCUCAACCUCCUUUAUGUCGACAGUUGCUUGGGUUGAAGAGAGGAAAAUAUGUAAGAGAAAUUAGACUACUUUUAUAGCAAUAUAUAAUAAAACCUUCACAGAGUUCAAAUUAUGUCUUAAGU